GAAGACGGGACCGCCGAACGCCGAUGCGGAAGGGAAUGGAAUCCCCCCCUCCCCCUCGCGCCCCGCUGCAGACUGUAAGGAAACUGGGGCUGCUGAGUGCGUCAAGGAAUCUAGGGAAGCCAGGCUAUUGGGCGCUGCUGUAUCUGCGGCGUCCGUUCUUGCAUGUGCUUAUGAGCCUGUAACUGUAAAGGUGGGCGCAGUAGCGACUCUGCGACGUGCGCAAAUCU